GCCUCUUCCUUGGCUUACAUGUACCCAUGUGUAUGGUCGACAGUUUCAAGGAGCUUCUUAUAAUUAUACAAAAUGGCGAGCUUCAUGAGAUUUUUGCAGCCCAAGAACGUGUUUGUUUACAACCGUUUUUCAUCAGGUCUGCAAAGCUCACUUCGACAUCAUUCAUCAUGCAUGAACCAACAAGAGAGAAGCCAGCCAUUGCCUAGCUGUCUGUGGUCCAGCUCAAGACCAACCAAGAGGGCAAAGCAAUCAAUGUCAUGUUCUAGAAAUGGACCUACUUUCUCAACAGCCAUCAGACAGAUAUCAAUUUCAUCAAGAUCCUGUGGUGAGGUUGUACAAUUUAAGCUAUCAGAUAUUGGAGAAGGCAUCAUGGAAGUAGUGGUUAAAGAAUGGUAUGUCUCAGAAGGAGAUACAGUUGCUCAAUUUGACAGUAUAUGUGAAGUACAGAGUGAUAAAGCCUCAGUGACCAUCACCAGCCGAUUUGAUGGGGUCGUCAAGAAGCUUCACUACGAGCUCGAGGAGACCGCCAAUGUCGGCAUGCCUCUGGUUGACAUUGAAUUAGCAGGAGGUGCAUCUGCGAGUCAAGAAGAGGAUGUAUCGGGUGAAACAUCAAGUGACUCAGAUAGCGAUACAGAACGGGGAGCAGUGUCCACUACCAGAGGCAAAGCUAGAACUCUGAGCACUCCAGCAGUCAAACGUCUUGCCAUGGAACAUAAUAUAUCAUUAAAUGAUGUGCAUGGCACAGGUAAAGAUGGACGAGUACUCAAAGAGGAUAUGCUACGUCAUGUAGAACAGCUGGAAUCAGGAGUACCUCAGUGGAAACCAGUUGCUGAGGAGCUUGAACCUCCACCACCGCCAUCGUCCACAGCCAAACCUAUCAAAACCCCAGUCGUACCCCCUUUCACUCCUACCCCUUCACCUCCAAGAAUCCCUGUCCGGGCCGUAGUUGGCCAGGACCGGACAGAACCCAUCAAGGGUAUCCACAAGGCUAUGGUCAAAGCCAUGGUCCGGUCUAACGCCAUACCUCACUUUGGGUACAAAGAUGAGGUGGAUGUGACAGAGUUGGUUGCACUUAAGUCUCACUUCAAGGCAGCUGCUGCAGCCAGGGGUAUUCAGUUCUCUUUCACACCAUUAUUUAUCAAGGCAGCUUCAAUGGCCCUCUCCUUCUUCCCUGAGAUUAAUAUGAGUGUAGAUGAACAAUGUGAGAACAUGACAUAUAAGGCAGCUCAUAACAUCGGCUUUGCCAUGGACUCACCUCAAGGUCUAAUAGUACCCAACGUGAAGAACGUCCAAGCCUUGACCCUGAUGGAAGUAGCCCUAGAACUCAACAGGAUCAUGGCCCUUGGGUUGCAAGGCAAGCUGGGACAAGCUGACCUCACAGGGGGCACAUUCACACUCUCAAAUAUAGGCACAAUUGGCGGAACAUAUGCAGAUCCUAUCAUUUUUGCACCAGAGGUAGCUAUAGGAGCAAUAGGACGAAUGCAGGUACUACCUAGGUUUGAUGCAGAUGGUGACCUGGUCAAAGCCCACAUCAUGAAGAUCAGUUGGUCAGCGGAUCACAGGGUCUUGGAUGGAGCAACCAUUGCAAGGUUCUCAAACCUAUGGAAAUCUUACCUAGAACAACCUGCUACCAUGCUCAUGGACAUGAAAUAAUAUACUCAUAUGCUGCAAAUCUACAGUGUAAUAUAGUACAUGGUUUCUAUGGUGUGUGUCCCCUGAACACAGUUCACUUAAGCAACAUGAAGCCAACUUCAAAUCAUCAUUUUCUUCAGCUGAUGGUGGCGGGAGAGUAUUCACCCAGGCAGUGAAUAAAAGAAUAUGUCUGCUAGAGUUUGCAUGUUGAUUGGUGUCAUGUGUAAGAUUGAACCAUUAUUUAGUUAUUCAGGGGGGUGUUUCACAAAGAUCCUAAGUUGAACUUAUCUGAAAGUUGGACUAAAAAAUUAUUGAAAGCCAUUAGCAUCUUUGAAAAUAUUUGGUAAAAGUUAUUUUGAAAGGCAUAAAAUGUUGAUUCAAAUCAUUCAUAUUUUCUAUCAUCAAGUAGAUUUCAUGUUAUGGAUAUGGAAUUUAUAAAAAGUCUAAAAUACUUGAAUUUCUGCUUUUAAAUAUAUUUCAUUUUAAGGCUCCAAUGGCUGUCCAUAAUUUUUAAGUCCAACUCGGUGUUAAGUUCUACUUAUGAUCUUUGUGAAACACCCCCCCUGGAUUGUAAGAGUGUCUGCAGUGUGUGUAGACUCCUUCCUCAGUGUGUUUCAUAAAUAUGAGGGCCAUUCAAGAAAUGUAUUCAAAAACUUCGGUAACCCUAAUACAUGGAGUAUAAUUCUUUGUGAAAGAAUUACCAAUCUGUUGAAUAAUAAAUCUGAAACAACUUUGGCUGGAGGCUGUCGAUGCAAGAUACAUAUUAUACCAAAAUCAGCUUUAUAUCUAAUGGGUUUAACAUUUUUGGUCUUUUUCUAUACUACGUGAAUUGUAUGAUGAAUUUAGUAAUUUGUAAUAUUUUUGAAAAAUUAGUUUUGGCUGAAUCUCCUUUCUUUGCUUUUUAAAUACGGGUUUGUAGCUGUUGUGAGGUCUAAGGAUUCCUCAAAUUUCCUGCCUAAUACAAAUUUUUAGUGAUUGUGUACUUGUUAUAUUGCAUCAUGGAUAUAUCAGACUGGAUUUAUUUGUGAAAUUAUCAAACCAAUUGCGCAAAUUCAAAACACUAAAUGAGAAUUAUCGAGUUUUCUCUCCAUCUCUCUUGUAUCUGGCAAGUUAUUGGAGCUGAUGUGUGCUAUUUUGUAUGAUAUAUACAGACAGACAGACCUGCCAACCUUUGGAGUUCAAAUACUGUAUUCUUUAAUCCCAAAAGUUGUAUUUUAUUGACAAAAGUUGUAUUCUUGAAAAUGAACACAAACUGUUGCGCGGAGCAAUGCCUCUUACAGUUCCUACAUACAGGAAGAAUUUUUUUAAUUGGAUCAUUGGUUGAAUAUGCAUGAUUUCGUCAUGACUGGUGUGUUCGAUGAACCAAUGAAUAUCCCCAAAUGGCCAAUGUGAGAUUCUUGAAGGAUACUUUACAGGACAGAAUGGGCAUUUUUGCCAUUGAAAAUGGCACACAAACACACACAAAAUACAAAAGAAAAUAUUUAUUUUAAACAAAAUUGUACCGUCGUAUUUGCUUCUAAAGAUCGUACAAAAUACGACUAAAUCAUACUGGUUGGCAGGUCUGUACAGAAAGAUUCACUCUUGGAUUGUAUUGUUCUAUUAAAUAUCAUCGUACAUUGUCAUUCACAUAAGUGUAUCUUUAAAAUUCUUAUAUCCCAGAGGAACAAAUAAAAAAAUCUGUAUUUUUUAUUUUAUAUGUACAUGUAGUUUUAAUGGUCAUCCUUUUAUUUUGCAUUUAUGAUAGCUUUUUAAAGGUAUAGAAUGAUUUGAGGGAAUUUGCUGCAUUUUGUGUUUUUUUUCCUAUUAUCCACAAAAAGGAUAGGAAUGUCCUUUUGUCACUAAUGAUACUUUAAACAUGAUCUGCAUGUUGAUGCAUUUGAUUGUUCAUUGCCAAUGUUUUCUUUGGGAAAUAUUACAGCAUUUUUUGUUAAGGUAGCUAGUUAAAUUAUUGAAAAACAUUAACGAUUAUGAAAAAAACUAUUUCAGCUCUCUUUUUUUGUAGAUAGUUUAAGCCUCGGUCACAAAUGCCAUUACGAACUGUUACGAACAGUUUUCAGACAAUGGAAAUUUGGGAAGACAAUGGAAAAACGGAGAUUCGUACAAAAUAAUCGUUCGUACGAACCUUUGUGACCGUAGCUUUAAUCAUCACAGUGUGUAGCAUAAAUCUACUAAUCAAUAUUUAUUGUGCAAUUUUCUAAAUUUGUCUGGAUAAUGUGGAAAGGGUUUGGAUAUUUUUUUCGUUUUGAUAUACAGUGUUUCAAUAAAAAUAAAAUAGUACUCCAAACUGAUUUUUCUAAUAAAAUUAUGGUUGAGGGUCUAUUUAAUUGGAUACCACUAAAAA